AUGGCAUUGGAGGCGCACCCCUUUACGAGCUUUAAUAAGCCCGGGGCUAACGGGACGCAGACCCUCAUUGGGAACUGGGUGGAGGAACGAGUGCUAGAGCAGAGCACCAGUUACUCCCGCUACAAGGACUGGGCCAGCACCGCAGAGAAUGGCGGCAGUGUCUACCCAAGGAAGGUCCCAAGCACAGCGACUGCCAUUGAGACGGCUCCUAGAGUCAUGCCCACCUCAGAAGAUUCUCAGGCAGCGGCAACUCACUUCAUGACGGUAAAGCAGGAGACGUACGCGGACCCCAAACGAACUGAAACGGACGUCCGAACCGCCCACUAUGUGGACAUGUCUAAGCUGGGCAAGAAGGGCGCCAAGAUGGUGGCGGAGCUCUGGCGGGAAGCGAGUGCCCUCCCAGAACCCGAGCCGCCUUCGUCUUCUUUCGAGACUACCAACCGGACUGUGCAUGGGCCCCUCGACACGUCUCUCGUCAGAAAUGCGAUGAAGGGAAGCAGAGUCAUGAAAACCCAGGACGGGAAACUGAUUCCGGCAGAAUGCCGAGACGGGACCUUUCAAAGCGAGCUGGGACUUCUGCCGCUAUCGAGCCUGAAUCGCAAUGCGAGCUUUGGUCAGGAGCCGGAUCUGGAUGCUCCGAUCACCAUCUACUCCACGUCUAAGGAGGGCGACUUCGCCCAGACACGUGGCGCCGGGGCCGUGCGUUUUGGAAAGUCGUGCAGAUUCAGCAAACCGAUAGACGACCCGACUAAAGUGGUCACGGAUCAAUGA